AUGGCAGAGAAGGUGCUGGUAACAGGUGGGGCUGGCUACAUUGGCAGCCACACAGUGUUGGAGCUGCUGGAGGCGGGCUACUCCCCUGUGGUCAUCGACAACUUCCACAAUGCCAUCCGUGGAGCGGGCUGCAUGCCCGAAAGCCUUCGGCGGGUGCAGGAGCUAACAGGCCGCCCUGUGGAGUUUGAGGAAAUGGACAUCUUGGACCAAGCAGCCCUACAGCAUCUCUUCAAGAAGCACAGUUUUGUGGCAGUCAUCCACUUCGCGGGGCUCAAGGCUGUGGGCGAGUCAGUGCAGAAACCUCUGGAUUAUUAUCGUGUCAACCUGACGGGGACCAUCCAACUUCUGGAGAUCAUGAGGGCCCAUGGAGUGAAGAACCUGGUGUUUAGCAGCUCAGCAACCGUGUACGGGAAUCCUCAGUACCUGCCUCUGGAUGAGACCCACCCCACAGGGGGCUGUACCAACCCAUACGGCAAGUCCAAGUUCUUCAUUGAGGAGAUGAUCCGGGACCUGUGCCAAGCAGACAAGGCCUGGAACGCAGUGCUGCUGCGAUAUUUCAACCCCAUAGGUGCCCACGCCUCAGGCUGUAUCGGCGAGGAUCCACAGGGCAUCCCAAACAACCUCAUGCCUUACGUCUCCCAGGUGGCGAUUGGGCGACGGGAGGCCCUGAAUGUCUUUGGCAACGAUUAUGACACAGAGGACGGUACAGGUGUCCGGGAUUAUAUCCAUGUCGUGGAUCUAGCUAAGGGCCACAUUGCAGCCUUGAGGAAGCUGAAGGAGCAGUGUGGCUGCCGGAUCUAUAACCUGGGCACGGGCACAGGCUACUCCGUGCUGCAGAUGGUCCAUGCCAUGGAGGCCGCUUGUGGGAAGAAGAUCCCAUACAAGGUGGUUGCACGGCGCGAAGGUGAUGUAGCUGUCUGCUAUGCCAACCCUAGCCUGGCCCGAGAGGAGCUGGGCUGGACCGCAGCCUUAGGGCUGGACAGGAUGUGUGAGGAUCUAUGGCGCUGGCAGAAGCAGAAUCCUUCAGGCUUUGGUACACAGGCUUAGGGGACCCUCCUGGGACAGACCAGAAAAAGAAAAGACCGCUGCCUGCUCUCCAGUCUCCCGGCGAGAACCGAGGGGCACCUGAGCCUCUGGACAAAGUCAAGACCUCCCCUACCUCACACCCCAGUUUAGCCGCUUUCCCCACCAGGCCUGAGGUCAAGGGCUCCUUGGACCAGGAG